AUGCGCCAAUGGAUUAACAGUACUGGAAAGGAUAUCCUCGACCUUCAGAAGCACAUGCCGCGUAACCUAGUCGAGGCAUUGAAAAUGCGGAAACAACACGAAAAACUUGAGCUUACGUUUCUGCUUUGGAACCUUCUUGAUGAUGUUGAAAACGCAACAAAAGCAUUUCGUCUACUUGAUUCGAAAUCCGUUUUAAGUGCAAUUGCUUGGUUAGAUCGAGGAAUGACAUCUUCUAGUGCAAAAAUCGCCUUACUUUCGCAUGAACUGCAGCGUUUGCAGCUAAUAUUGGAUUCCGAGGAUAAUGAGCAUUUUUAUCAACUUAUGAACGGAUUUCGAGAGAUCUGUCAAUUGACCGCCAAUGCCCAACAAAUAAUGAACCUAAGGAAACUGGUUUUAUUCAAGGAACGACGAGAAACAUUUAAUGAAUGUCAGCAUUUAUUCGAUGUGUACCGCAGAAUGUGCGCCGUUGAUAAUCGGCACCUGAGCAGGCAAAUAUUGUCUACCAAGACUCGUCUGCUGAAAGAUUAUGCCAGUUUUUCCACGAAAAUUGGCGAGAUAAUUAAACUUACAUCAUAUUCUGAAUCUUUUUACGUAGCAGCUGAUUCAUUACUUGAAACUGUCGGAAACGCACUCCUUAAAGUCAGUUCCAAACUAAUUCCAGAUAAUGCAACCACUGCGUUGGCAGCGUUGAACAAUGAUUUCCAAAAGUUGAGAAAACUUGCAGCCGAAAUAUUGGACAACAUUGAUUUUGUGUCAGAGCUGUUAGUGAUUCUCUUAAUGAUGCUCUCCGUCAACCAGUCACCGAUGGUUUCUCAACAAAGAGUAAAAGUUGUGCGGGCACUUUCUCAAAUUGAAAUACCGUUAAGCCAAGUUCCACACUACUCUCAAAGUCUCUUAUCUCUUCCUUCAAAGCUUACCAAGUCCAGCUCGAAUCCACUUAGUUCUGAUAACGGUUAUGGUAAAAGUGUGGAUGACUUUGUUCAUCAUCUAAACGGCUUAGCGCAAGCAUACAUUGUUCCCUUAAAUCCAUGCACUAUUGAUGAUGCAGAUAAGGCUCUUCAAAGCAUAGAAACAGCGAAAAGCUUAGCGGAUAUGGAGUGGAGGAAAUUGGACGAUCGAGAUGCGGCAGCUCAACAUUACGACAUCUGGAGCUCACAGUUGAAAGAAAAAUGGGAGAAUGUACUCCGACGCAAACAUUUGCUUUUGCGCAUCUCAGAACUGGAACGUGAUCUCAAUGUUUGUUGUCGAAAACUAGAUCAGCUUAUUGAUGCUGCUUACUGUUCUGGUGGGGAUAGUCUCUCGGGCGAGUACUUAAAAAAACUGGAAGUCAUCAGUUCUGAUGUGAUGUGCCUGCGCAACACUGUUCCCAACUCCCAACUCCUUGUGGCAGCUCGCGAGUUCACGAGCAGCCUACAGUCGAAGUUUAAUGGUAUUUCACAAGACUCCGAAUCUCUUAGAAAAAUUCAGCAAGAGGCUGCUAGAUUACAGGAGAAUAUAGAACACCACCUUAGUACGAUUACGAAUCCACUUGAUCCUGUUUUCCAAAAGCCAUCCGUAUAUUGGCUUGUCGAAGGACUUCAGUCGACCUUGGGUACGCUGCAAGAAGUCGGUGAGGAGGCAGAGAUAAUGGCAACUAACCUGAGUGACCAUGUGAGUCGCAUGGAUCCAAGUGGGUCGCCAAACCCAGAUUGUUCACAAUCUCCACACCGCAAUAGUCCCUAUGAUGGAAAAGAAGAAUACGAUACUACUAAUUCCCACCAGUCUUCCCGGAAAUCGCGUAUCAAUGCUUCAGGAUUUGAAGAUGAUGCAUCUCCCAUCGAAGGUGAUAAGGAAAUGUAUUUUUCGAAGCCAUCGGAUGUAAUGAAUGCCACUCCAGGAGGUUCCAUUACGAUCCAUUGCACUUUCCAUGGAUUUGAAGAGGAGCCCAACAUUAAGUGGUCAUUUGUCCCUGCUCAUCGCGCGUCUGAAGGAGCUGAAUUUGCUGAAUCCUUUCUUGUCUCAACAACGAUACCCCACAACGAUGCGAAAACUGCAUCCCUUUUAAUACCUAAUGUUUUAUACAAGCAUGCUGGUCAAUAUAUUGUUACGAUUACAAACUCGCUAACUGGCAAACAAAUAUCAAGCUCUUCCAAACUACACGUCAAACCCAAGUUGAAGCGUGGCCUUACCGAUUUGAGUGCAAUCGUUGAUGGCAACAAAUGCACAGUUACGGGGAAAGAAGUUGUCUUUUUCUUGGAAUAUGGUGGAUUCGAUAGGUUACCCUCUCGGGUUGUCUGGAUGCACAAUGGCAAACCAAUUGACCCAACAAAAUGGGCUGUAUCUAUCGGCCUGUCAACAGCACGAAUUAGGUCGGACUGCCUAAAAUCAGUUGACGAGGGCCAGUACACUUGUCAGGUCUCUGACGAUGAACUUGAUGUUAAGUUGGAGUCAUCGGCUGCCCUUAGGUUGCAGAAUGCCCUCGAUGUUCCUCGACCAGCCUCUCGUGCCUCCUCCCGGACUGUCACUCCGUCAGGAAAUGGAAAGUUCUCUUGGGUCACUAAGGCUUUGGAUAGCUCUCCACUCUCACUUAAAUGUCCACUUCCAAGCGUUGCCUCUGAGGCCUACGGUGAAGCUCGUCGUGUUCGUAUGCAGUGGUUUCGUGAUGGAACUCAGCUCUAUGACUCUGACUGGCAGACACCGGACUACUUCACCAAUAGCCAGGGUGUACCAUUUGUCGAUGGAAACACUUACUGGAGUGUGAGCGUGUGUGAAGGUCGAACAGUGCUGUUAAACACUAACCGUAUCCGAUCCGUUGACGCUGGUCGUUAUUCGUGUCACUAUGACAGAGAUGCUUUUCCUUGUGAUUCAGGUGUUAUUACGGUGUGUUCGAGUCAGCAGUUCGUCGAGCAACUAACUGGGUUGAAAGUAUACCUUGGUGAGCCGGCGGAACUGCGCUGUCGACUAGAACCCUGGGUGGCAGGAAACAGCCCGGAGUUUAGAACCAUAAUCAAGUGGUACCACUUUGAAACUCUCCUUACAUCCGAACUCCAAGAUCGUGUUGGCAUAAAAACGGAGUGUGAUGAGGGAUUGUGUACCCUACGAAUCGAAAAGACUUCUAGGCGUUUUGGUGGUGUGUAUAAGUGCGAGGCAACGAAUAAAUUCGGGAUCUGCAUUGUAACGACGAAAGAAGAAAGUCUUUUGCAUUUACCGAAUUCUCAGAUUGAAGAAACUAGCACAUAUUCCGUUGUUAUAAAGAACGUGGCAGGGAGUGCCGAGUCUUCAUACACUCUUCAGCUUGGUGGUCGUCCUACUAAGUCAGCGAACCAAAAUGAAUUGAGGCGAUCUCCGCGUAGAUCACCUGUGGAUACCUCACCAAAUGUACAAAGUCAAAACCUGGACACCGGAACAUCAUUCCUCCUUCGACCUCAGAACAUCUCUGCAAAUGUGGGCGAAAGUGUUGUUGUCAGUUGUGUGAUUCGACCCUCUCCAGGAGCUCCCAAAAUCCACCGAGUCUCCUGGCGGUACAAAGACUAUGAAUUUAUGCAAGGGCAAAGUGAAACAGGGCGAGUUAUUAGCAAGGCAAACAGCCCUUACAAUGGGGUGUUCCAACUCCACUUCACCAACAUCUGUGAAGGCGAUUACGGGAACUAUAAAGUCUUGGCUUUGGAUGAGAACGGCAUAGAAAUCUGUAGUGCUGUAUUUAAUCUCUCAGUCAAUGAUAGGAAAGGUCACUCUGAAAAGGAAGAAGAACUACCAAUACGUGACGAGGUUUUUUUGGAUGGUCCAAAGCUUCCUCCUAGAGCCACCGUUGGUGUUGGGGAACGGCUCGAAAUGACCUGCUAUAUAACCGGCUACCCUACGCCGCAAGUAUUCUGGUUCAAAGACGAUCAACAAUUGAGCGAUCGCAACUCUUCUAAUGACUUUCAGUUCAAAAAAAGGGGCAAUGUGUAUCAACUUAUCAUACCAUGUGCUCUUCCUCACCACUCCGGCUUGUGGGAGGUGAUCGCCCGCAACUCAGCUGGUCUAGUGAUGAGUGGAUCAAACAUCGAGGUCAAAGCAUCUGAGCGGCGGUCAGCGUCACCGUCUUCACUGGUCCCGCUUGAUCGUCGCGCCCGAAGCCUUCCUCCAUGUGCUUCCACCGAAAACCCAUCUAAUCGCAUGCAUUUGUGCCUAGACAGGUCCUACAUGAAUGAGCAGGCACCACGAUUCACUAAAUUAUUUAGCGAUCAAACCGCUUUCAGUGGAGAUACUGCUCAAUUUGAGUGUUCAGUGAUUGGGUUUCCCACACCUGAUUUUAUUGACGCGAGGAAAGUAUGCUUCAUCAACCAAGCAUCUAGCCAGGAGGAAUCACCACCAUUCGGUGGAGGCCACGUUUUACGAGUCAAGAUGCUUCCAUUCUGUGCAAGUCAUCGAUACAAGUACCUACACACGCGCACACCGCCGUCUGGUGAAGUCUGGGUGGCGAGUAACUGUCAUGAACUGUCCUGUACUUCAGUUCUCGAUUUGAACAUCUCCAACUCUGUUUCAUUGCGUAAAAGCGAUUUGCUCUGUGCUACUCCUAAAGUGAAGCGUUUUUAA